AUGAAGACUUCCACCUUCGUCGCUCUGGUCGCUGCCGUCGCAGGCCAGGUUUCCGCCAUCUGCCCAGGAUUCAACUACGGUAUCGGCAAUCAGCAAUCUCUGGGAGGAGGUGUCUCGCGCUGGACUGUCUACAACGAUGAUUGCAGUGCCGCAGACUCGCUGACUACCAACAAGAACCCUUGCGAUCAGGGUAUUUUCGGAUGCAGUCCCCCGCCUAUCAUAUUCAACCAUUACACGAAUACGUUCACCGGACUGAAAUAUGUAUGCCGCACCGAUCCAAACUCGGGCAAAUGCGGUAGCGACGUGAUUUCGGUUUGCUGUCGCAACGACGGCAAUUAG